GGUGAGAGGAGCCGGUGGGAAAUGCCCUGGUUAGGGUCUGCUGUGCUGGGGGGCUUUCUCAAUGCGCUUCUGAUCCUGUUAAAACUGUACUGGAGGAAACUGGCAAGGGGUAGGCUCUAUUCUGUUCAGAGAACUGCUAUGGUGAAAUGAAAGCUGAUGGUCAUGCUUUUAGAAGAGGUAUUGUCAAGCUUAUUUACCGAGUGGCAAGAGGGUUUGUUCUAGAUGCGUUCUGGAAACAAUAGUGGUAAUCCAGCAGAAAAGAAUAGGCUGUGCAAACAAAACAACAAAGCCAACAAGUGUGCCCGUUUACCUCAUCUUCAGAGCUGUCAUUUGGCCAAAUGGCCUGGGAGUUCUUGUAACCACUUUCCAUAUCUGAAAUAAGGUUUGUUUUUAACAAACAGUGUUUAAAUAAAACGUGUUUGUGGGACUGGAAAGCGAUGCCUUAGGCUGUCGUCUGUGUGGUAGGAAUGGUGGCCUGGCGGGGUGGGAAUGGUGAGGCUGAUGGUUGCCUUGGCCCUGUCGUUCAUCUUCUGUGGUCCUUGAGCAGCUCACGUCACUCCCGCCUGUUUGCCCUCCGUAGGCAAGCUGUAUUGCACCGUUUCUGUACUUUUGAAGGGUGGCGAGGGUAAAACACGGUGAGAGAUUGCAAGGCACUGAGAAGCGUCACGUGCGUUGAAGAGCUAAGUAGGUCUUAGUUGAGUCAUCGUGCUUCAUGUUGCCAUUUCAGGAGGAUGCUUUGUGGCAGAGAAUGGGUAGGAAGAGCAGUCUAGGCUGGUUGAAUGAAUGUGGAAACGCUUUUGUUCUAGCUGGAUUAGACAAUGUGUUCCCCUCCUCUGUUUAACCUGACCUGUUUUACGUUUUUCUAUUUCAACUGUUGCUAUCCUUUUCUCUUUUAACUGCUUCUUUAUUAUCAGAUCUCAUCCUCUUGCUGCUGGUGUGUUUGCAGUAACAGACCUUUUGCCCACCGGUGGCUUCCCACUGGCUCCGUGCCUGCGUGCUGGUUUGGGUGCUGUGCGUUACAGCCGGCUGCAGGCUGUGUCUGCGCUGGCUGACCAGGUGGCAGUGUCACUGCAGCACUGUGCAGGCUGCUGCUUUCUGGUGCUGGCUGGGCUUGUCUGGGUGUGGGGGUACGGAGAUGGUCAAGAGUUUCGAGCUGGGACAUCAGUGACUCUCUUCAAGCUGGAGGUGGGGGGGUCCCCACCUCUUCAAGCUAGAGGGUGUAUAUGGGUCCAACAGGACCUGUGCUGAUGUCUUGGUUUUCCUGUGUAGAUUUAUCCCAUGCUUUCUGUGCUCUGUUUUCUUGUCCAAAAUUAAAAUCAUACAGUGCUAUGGACAAGUGCUGUGUGUUGUUGUGUAUCUUGUGCAUCCAACAAGAUGAUGAUCCUGAGUCAUUGCUGUAGAAGAAAAAAACAUUUCUUAUAUGCCCCGAGUCUUCUGGCUGUCUUGUAGAAUCACGUUGGUGCAGUCAAUUUAAGCGCUGAUGGAGUAAGGAAACAACUGAAAAUGUCUCAGAAUCCUGACAAGCCGCAUUCAAGCGAAGAAAAGUUGAGUGGUUUGGAGGAUGGUCAGGAGAGCUUGGACAACCCGGAUCAGUCAAUCAGAAAAAGAAUACGACAGAGUGCUCCAGGUUCAUACAGAGAUGAUACACCAAAGUCUAGCCCUCCUCGGCCUGUGUCGGUGGAAGAGCUAAUGGAAACAGCCAAGGGAGUAACCAACAUGGCACUAGCACAUGAAAUUGUUGUUAAUGGAGACUUCCAGAUCAAACCAGCUGAAUUACCAGAACACAGCUUGGAAAAAAAAGUAAGAGAUAUUGUGCAUAAAGCUUUCUGGGAUUGUCUGGAAGCUCAGCUAAAGGAGGAUCCACCGACAUAUGACCAUGCAAUUAAACUAUUGGGAGAAAUUAAAGAGAAUCUCCUGUCUUUCUUGUUGCCUGGCCAUACAAGACUAAGAAAUCAGAUUACAGAAGUUCUUGAUUUGGAUUUGAUAAAACAAGAGGCAGAGAAUGGGGCCCUGGACAUUUCUAAGUUGGUAGAAUUUGUUAUUGGAAUGAUGGGGACUCUCUGUGCUCCAGCUCGAGAUGAAGAAAUAAAGAAACUGAAAGAUAUUCAUGAAAUAGUUCCUCUGUUCAGAGCAAUUUUCUCUGUAUUAGACCUAAUGAAAAUGGAUAUGGCAAACUUCGCUGUCAGUAGUAUUAGGCCAAAAUUAAUGCAGCAGUCUGCUGAAUAUGAAAGAAAGAAGUUUCAGGAGUUUCUUGAGAAACAGCCAAAUUCUUUAGACCUUGUCACGAACUGGUUGCAAGAAGCAGCAGAUGAUCUUGCGAAGCUGAGAAGUAACAAGUUACCUCCCCACGGUAGUGGUGAUGGUGCUGCUGGUGAAGCUUCUGCAUUGUGCUCCACUGCUGUACAAAAUCAAGCAUAUCUGAAGCUACUAAAGUGGGAUCACAUAAACAGGCCUUUCCCAGAAACAGUGCUAAUGGACCAGAGCCGCUUUCAGGAAAUACAGCUGGAACUGGAACAACUCCUCUUGACUGGGACUGUCCUUUUGGUCACGUUCAGUGCAGCAGGCUCAGCACUUGUUGAUAUUCCUGGAUUUGCUGAGAAAAUCAAAACCAUUGUCAAGGUGCUGCUGACAGGAAUGCAUCUUCCCUCCUUUAACCUGAAGGAAUCUUUGGCUACCGUUGGUGAAAAGGUGUGCGCUGAAGUCAACAGCUGCCUUUCCCAGCAUGGGUUCACACCAUUCACAGCUGAGAGAGAGGCUGUACUUAAAGGACAAAUCCAAGCAGUGGCCAAUCCUGAUAACACCAUAUGUAAGCUAAUAGAUUCUCGAAUUCAAAAGUUUCUGGAGAAUUAUCUUGCAUCUAGUCACCAGAAAUCAUUACCCGCUAUUCCUGGAGGAUUAGGUCCUAUUCAAAGAGAGCUGGAAGAGAUUGCUGUCAAGUACGUCCGUCUGGUCAACUACAACAAAAUGGUCUUCAGCCCUUAUUAUGAUGCUGUUCUUGCCAAAAUACUGACUGAGGAAGAAUCCCAACUUGUAGGGAACUCAAAAGAAUCAUAAAUGCAGUUUGUGUGCUACGAAUACAGUAUUAAAUUUGUCAGCUAUUUAAAAAAAUGCACCAAUAUUUGUCUAGGAAAACAGCUUUUCAUGUAGACACCAGUUCCUUUUAACUCACUAGUGAUGACUAAUGAGGAAGAUCAAUGAAUUGCGAUAAGGGUUCUGAAGGAAAUGACGAAAGAGAGAUGCAUUUUUAAUGUAAGUUUGCAACGUUGGGAGAGGGAAUGUCCUGGUAGUUUUCUGGCUGCAAUUUUUAGAUUUUUGAGUGGGUGCUAGGUAGGGUAAGUUUAAGAACCAAACUUUGUUUUUAAGUGGAUCAUUUUAAGGCUUUUUACUCUAAUUUAUCAUGAAUUUCUUUUAAUUCAUUCAGAGAUUAACAGUGGUCCUUCCCUCCAGAGGUAAUUUGGCUUUGAAAAGAUCUUACUUUAGAGACUUAAGAAGUAAGCUAAAAUUGUAGAUAGGAGAAACUUUAACAGGCAGAAAACAAAGCCAAACAGCACUUUACUGUAACAUUAUGGUUAGUAUGGUAGACUACUAGUUUUUUCUGCAUUUUUGAUAGCAUUUUUUUGCUGUUUACCUUCAGAUGUAACAAAACACGAUAUAUUUUUGUAGCAAAUUUUCUGGUUAUUGGGUAACUGUCCUCUGCUUUGUACAGUACUUACAAAGGUGGCAAUCUUAUAGAUUGCAGCUGUUAUUUAUCUCUUGUAAAGUCUUCAGAAAGGCAGAGCUAAAAUGUUUUGAUAAAAGUGGCAUUUCUUACCUUUUUUUUUGCAAGUAGUUUACUCCUUUUUAUGUGAAAUAGUACUUUUAAAGUAAAUCUUUGUCAUUUUCAGAAGGUGGAUUUUAAGUGUGUGAAACUUUAGGCUGAAAAUUUUACUUGUUUUAUAAAACUACAACUUGAGAUGGUUGCAUAUUCAAUCAUGUUUUUGAAACUAUCCAGGAAGUGCAGAGCACUCUCAGAUGUGUGCAUGAAUUUAAAUUUACAGUGGGAAGUGAAUUAUUUAGUGUUAGUUUGAAUACACAGGGAAUAUUUUCAAUAUUUUUUUUUCACUUUAUAGGGGUGUUCUUGAAACUUGAAAUAUUUUUAGAUAUUGAAUUUAAUUAGUUACAUGUUGUAUAGAUGAUUGUUCACAGAAGAGCUCAGUGAUCUUACAGCCUUAUUGCAAUUUCAAACUCAGCUAGGAGGUAAGUACCUUUUGAAGUUUUCCUCUAGUUAUUGGGCAUAACACUGUAUUACAGUAAUCAAAAUUUGAUGAAUUAAUGAAAACAAAGUUCAUAAUUAAUAAUAGCAAGUGUCCUAAAUGCUAGACUGUAUCCAAAAUAGAAUGUGUGUUCUUCUUUAAAUACAUAUAUAGAUAUGUAAAAUAAAUAAAUGGCCCUUCUACUGCUAACAUCCAGGUUUGUUUUAUUAAUCAACUAGUCAACCAAAAUAAUAGGCCUUCUAGAAGGAAGCACUUAAUUAUGAAUCAUUGUUGAUGCUUUCCUUUCCAGCUUUGCUUUAGAUGUCAGCAUGGAUAUAGCUGCACUAAAUUUGAGUUCGGAUGAAGACCUUUUGUUCUGUAUUAGCCUGUGCAACUAUUAAACCAUUUUUUUCUCAUUCAUUACAAAUCUGCCUUCCCCAAAGGGAAAAAAAGAAACACAUCUCUGUAGCAAGAGCUCACCAGCUCAGACAAGUGAUUUUUUCCCUUGACUAAGUUUACUCAAAUAGUAAAAUGGAUGUCUGUCUUUGCAUAUUUCUUUGGUAACUCAAAAAUGAGUAGGUUUUUGAUGUGGUCUAUUUAUUUAUUUGAAUCAGAUAAGGUUACUACAGAGGUCUUCAAGAUUGCUGCAUCUGCUUAAUGUACUUUGUUAUUAGUGCAGAUUCCACCUUGAAAUACAGUCUCUAUCUCUGCAGCUCCAAGAAAUUAAUUCAGUGAUCAGGGUAACAAAAAAGCUACUCAAAACAUUAUUUCUAGAGUUUGGAAAAAGAAAAAAAAGAAAAGGAAAAACAGAAAAAACUGUUUUCCUUUUUAUAAUUGAGUGUUGCUGAAGUUAGAAAUUGCUGCUGUUAUUUUACACUUUACCAUUGCCUAGAGGCUUCUUUUAAAGGCCCCUGUGAACUAAGCAUAUUACAAAAAGUUUGAUGCUGUAGGUGAUGGUCUGAAGGAUGUGGGAAGGAACAACAUCAUGGUGAAACAACAUAGUUGGAAAAGUAUGUGACUGAUGACAAAAUGAAUGGGACUAAAUUAUGAAUAGAUAAAAUUGUACUUACUUAAUCUAGGCGAUGGCUGCUCCCAGUUCUGGAAUUCAGGGUCCAUGACUGCCAGCUCCUGCUUACUCUGACAUCAAGGCAUGGAUUGUGCUGCUGCUAGUGCAUGCGUAUUGCUCGCUGGGUCGAUACAUUAAGUCCCAUCUUUCCUCUCAGUAGGAGUUUGCUGUAGAAAAAAGUCUUCAUGUAGAAAAAAAGUGUAAUACUUACAGCUGGCUCCUCUCUCACCUUUGGGGUUACACACUGGGAACGAGUGCCUCAAUUUUUGUAAGCUUUUGUAGGCCUUUCAACAGUAAAAGAUCUAAAGAGGCUGUAAUAAAUACCCACAAGUAUAAAUUCCAUUAGUGAUUUUUCCCUGUUUUUUUUUUUAAUGAUAGUGGUUGACAAGUAGUUUCUCCACAUUGUCUUUAAAACAAAUAGGCAAAUAUCAUUUAAGUGACAAAGCAAAAAAGAAAUACUAGGAUUGGUAAGACCAGACCUUACCUCCAUGUGAAUAUUUAUGUGGGUAUACGUAUGUUGUGUCCAUCUUUCAGUCUGGUAGAUAGCAGCAGUGACCUGCAGUCAUCUCUACUGCUGGUGGUGGAAUUGUCUUCCAACUUGUCUGACAAGUAUCUUAAUUCCUGUAGUUCAUGGGGUUCUUGUGGUCUUACAAGAAUGCAGUUCUGAAUAGGCGGUUACAAGUUAAAAUCUAAAGUAUACAUAGAAACUGCUUCAAAAGUUCAUACAGCCUUUUUGUUAGCUUGUUUGAUAAUAACAAGUUAAACUAUGUAGCUAAUAUAUUAACAUUUAGCUUUGUAUAUUAUUAAGCGGAAGACCAAUGCAGAUAUAUCCAGGAACAGAUUGUGUUAGCUAGUACGCCUGGACAAUCAGCAUUAGAUUUGUUCCAAGUAUGUCUUACGAUGGUGUCAUCUUUAAACAGUCAUGGAAUUAAAAGCAAAAAUAUACUGUAUCCUCUAGAGGAAUUGGAAAAAAAAAAAAAAAAGCUAAUUCGAAUAUGUAUUGCUCUUACCAAUUUCCUGUGAUGGUUUUAAUUCUUAUUAACGUUGUUCUUGAAGUGGCUGACUAAUAUUUAAAAAGUAAUUUAUUGUGUUUGAAUAAAACCAGAAUGAGGCA